AGAGCGCACGAGCCGUGGCAGCGAACGAACGAGCGCCCCGACCGAUCGUCCGACACGAAGUGGGACCGCAGAAAAUAAUCGGAGGUGGGGGCUGAUUCAAGAAUCGACGUGGACACCCUCGCCUUCCAAAGUCAUUCACCUAACGGUCAUCGUCGCGUCAAGAAUCUUCUUCUUGUUCUUCUUCUUCUUUCCUCCGUGUAUCCUUCCGUUAUCCGGUUCGCGGACCCAAAGGAUUCGUUUCCUUUUCGCCGGUGUCCUCUUCGGCCAGUGAAGAUAAACACUAAGAAAUUGGUUCGCCACUAUUACAAGCUAACUCUGUUUCUACGAUUGGAUUGCAACCGAACGGAGUGGAUCUGUCUCGCUGUCGAGAACAAUCCCAGCAACCGAGAGUGACAUUCGAAAGAGGUGAACGCAAGAUUCGUCGAGAGGAACCUUCAACCUUCGGACUUGAAGUUUCCCGCGUAUACUGACGAGAAGGAUUUUCUCUCGAUUUGAUGGACUGACGACUGAUGGACAUUCGCGCUUGGCGUGUGUUUUGAGACGAUUUCGUCGGGAACGGAGUGUAUUCGUCGAAACUGUAAAGACUUUUGGACUGUUCACGGUACCCGACGGUGACAGCGAUCGGAGUGAUCAGUGUCGCGAAUCUGUGAUCGCAACGGUUCGGCGAUACGUUAUGGUGACAAAGUGCUCGAUAGUGUGUUUUACCUAAAAGGGGGACUGCUAACGAUUGUUUCGUUGAUGAUUCUCUGGCAACGUUCACCACCGUCGCAUUCAAGGUACGUGCUCUUGUUUACGAGGGGCAACGGAUCCAAAAUUGUGACACCUGUUCCCGAAUCUGACACCCGGGGACUUCUAACGCUAUCACGCGAAUGGCACUGCGCGCAGAGAUGAACCAACAGUGCAAGGUGUGCGGUGAGCCCGCGGCCGGCUUCCACUUUGGUGCAUUCACCUGCGAGGGCUGCAAGUCUUUCUUUGGGAGAUCCUACAACAAUCUGAGCAGCAUCUCGGAGUGCAAAAAUGGCGGCGAGUGCGUGAUCAACAAGAAAAACCGUACCGCUUGCAAAGCUUGCCGCUUGAGGAAAUGUCUCCUCGUGGGCAUGUCGAAGUCGGGCUCGCGAUACGGUCGCAGGUCCAACUGGUUCAAAAUCCACUGUCUGCUGCAAGAGCAACAACAGCAGCAACAACAACAACAGCAGCAACAACAGCACCACUACCAGCAAAGCCUACCGAGUCAACAACUGGCGCAACAACAACGAAAGCCGAUGAGCCCGCCUAUCGGAAUUCACGCUGGUCAACGAAAGGACGACGUGCUGAUGCUGGGUCUGGACGACUACAAGAACUCGACAUCGCCCAGCAUCAGCUCGCCGGAAUCGCACAACAGCGACAGUUCCGUGGAGAUAUCUGAGAGACGAGCAGCCUUCUCCGGACACCCUGGCUUCAGACCGCUGCACUCGCACCUGCAGCCUUCCGUGGCCGAUCUCUCGGCCCUUAGCAAAGAGAUGAUGAGCCUACCGCUAGGUUUUCACCUUGGUGGCAUGUCCCUGAUACCACCAGCUUUUCUACCACCUCCAAGUCUCACCAUGUUCUCACCCUACCAUCUCUACGCGACAUCUCACGGAGCUUCUCACCCGUUGGUACCAAAUCACCCGUCUACUCUACUUCGACACUCACCCGUGAUCGAGGACACCACCAGCGCGAUUUCCGCCACAACGACGACGACCACCACCACCACGAUCAGCCUCGACAACAAGGAGUCCUGCGAGAAUAACAACAACAACAACAACGACAGAUACGCGCACAACCACAACGUGCAGACAUCCAGGCAAAGUUCCUCACCGUGUGUGGAUGUCGGUGAAACCUAUACCAAGCGAUUCUAUUUGGACGCGGUGUUGAAGAGCCAACGAACGCACGCGGCGAGUUCACCGAUGUCCGUCAAGGGACGUUCCGAAAAUGGAUCUCCUGUUUGCAGUCCAGCAGCGGAAACGGACUGUCUCCCUCCCCAAGACAACCCCAUGGACUUGUCCAUGAAGUCCGUCACGACGCCCGCUAGAGACGAAACGGAGGACGACGAAAUCGACAUGGAGAGCAUCAGCGAUCGAGACAGCCCUCCGCCGAAAAGGAAACCCGCGCCUAUAGACCUAACGACGAGGUCCUAGAAGGAACAGAACUUU